AUGAGUGCCGGCGGCCAUUCCGGGCGGCCUGGAGACGAGAUGUUCAUGGGCCAGCAGCGGCACAAUGAUCAGGACUCGCCAACUAUUGUCGAACCUUUGCGCAUAAGCAAGAGACACUCUGGUGCCUCUCAGAUAUCAAACGCGAGUCAGCAAUUUCCUCCGCCGCAGCAACAGCAAACCACAAGUCAGACGCAAUAUCCUAUGCCAGCGCUGCCCUACCCGGGCGGUCGCAAAACGACGUCACCUCCACCAGUCAACGGAGCAAAUGCACCGUAUCCAUAUCCAGAUGUGAGGGCCAUCGCUUCUCCCGAACAGCGCACUGGUAGCGCGAACUCGAUGGACUACAAAAGGCGGGCCGGCUCUACAAGUUCGCAGGACAUCGCGGGCUAUCCUAAACCUGGGUCGUCGUCAAUAGCAGAACGCAGAGGGACGUCAGGUCCGAAGCCGCUGCCCGAGUCGCCAGGGCCCGAGGCUCCUGACAAGGACAUGUUUCAGCGGCCUCUGCAAAGGAAUGAUGGGCCAGUCACCGCUCCUCUGCCAGCCGCAGCGCAGCAGUUCUUCCCACCACCGACAGUGGACUACAACAAGUUGAGAGCGAGAGAUCCUGGCGCAGUGAACAGGAUCAGCUCUACUGCUUCUACAUCUACAACGCGCGCCACAAGGGGCUCACCUCCACCACCUGAGACUCCAAUCACUGGUCCUGGCGCAGUAGGUCAGCCGUUCCAGGGUGCACGGCCUCAGACCGACAUAGAGGCGAGAUAUGCUGCAUCUGGCAUUGCUGGCACCAAUACUCUCAACAGCUUGCAGGCUCAAAGUCUAGCAUCACAACAACGACAGGCCCAAUAUGCUGCGCAGCAAGCACCAGCGAGACCUUGGACGCCGACUGAGCAACCCGGCAGCACCAGCCAUCCCGCGCCUAUGAUUUAUCAAGGAGACAGCGCUGUUGGCCAGUCGCCCCCACAACAGCCCGCUCAGUCCGUGACAGCCCAGUCAGUCACUUCUCCUACGAGAGUGAAUCCACUCGAAAGCGAGAUCGGACGACUGUCAGUACAUGACGAGCCGCCACCUGCAUAUUCGCAAGUCGGAGGGCAAGGAAAUCGCUAUCCAGCCGACAAGCAGAGGAGAGGUACCGGAGCAGGCGGAGGCACCGCUGGUGUAGCGGCUGCAGCGGCGGCCGCCACUACAGCAACAUUGGCUCAGCGGAGGACGAGCGGAGUCAGUCAGGAGGAUCAUCCAGCUUUUGCCAACGAUCCUCGGCAACAACCAGCUCCUCAAAGCUUAUCCAACGGCGCAACUCCUGUGCAGCAAUUUGCAACCCAGCAACGACAGCCCUCUUUCAGGCAGCAAGCUCAACCACAGCAGAUACCACAACCUCACACCCCCUCAUCACAUCCGCCAGCCUCGCCCCCACCAUUGCCCGAAGGAUGGAUUGCCCACCUGGAUCCCAACUCUGGUCAAUACUACUACAUUCACCUGCCGACACAAUCGACGCAGUGGGAGUUCCCGAAAGGACCCACACCCCUGAACCUCAAUGACACGCCACUCUCGCCCACAGGAAACGUGUAUCCAAAUCCAUUAGCUUCACCAGGUCUCACAUUCGCUUCUGGCAAGCCCCUUGCCUCGCCAGGUCUGCCAAUGACGCCUGGCUAUGAUCAGACGGGAUCUCUGUCUAAUCCUGCCAACUUCACAGGUCCGCCUCCAGCCAGUGGUGUCGAGCUAUACAAAGUGAACGCCACAAAUGGAGUAUAUUUUGGUCCAUAUUUGCGAUAUACCAACAUGGACCUCGAACGAGGGCUCUGGCUUGGAUCAAUCAUGCUAGUAACGGAUGCGCCGCAGCCGCCGAGUAUACACAUCCAUCAGAGCGCCGAUCUGUCGCCCAAUCCCAGACAGCUGAAAGCUCUCAACAUCGCAACUCAUCAAAGGUGGACGUUUUACAAGUACGAAGUCGAUCUCCGGAUGGACGACAACGGUCCUGCGAAAUGGACGUACGCUAUCACCUCACAUCUGGGAUGCACACGGUACGAGUUCCUCGUGGCAGGCAGGCACGAUACAAAUUGGCGCUUCAUUGCUACCUCAGGUAACGACUUCACCUUAAAUGUCACGACUAAUGAACGCAAUCGGUUGGGCGGCGUCGGCUUCCUGUGGAAAGACAUAAUGCAGAAACACGCCGAAUGCGGCGGUUUUCACGUCCAGCUCGGUCUCGGUAGCCAGAUUUAUGCAGACCGGCUGUGGAAAGAGAUCCCUUCACUGAAGCAAUGGCUUGCCAUGAGCGGUAAGGAGAACAGGAAAAAUGCUCCCUGGACAGCAGCACACGAAGAGGAUGUGCAACAUGCUUACUUCCAUUACUACACCAGUCACUUUGAUCAGCCGCAUUUGCGUGAGGCGUUUGCUCAGAUUCCACAUGUCUUGACGAUUGACGACCACGAUAUCUUCGACGGCUUUGGGUCUUACCCCGAGUAUAUGCAGUUCAGCAAUAUGUUCAAGAACAUUGGGCGCAUCGGCAUUGAGAUGUAUCUUCUCUUCCAGCACCACACCACCCUCGAAAUCCUCCGGAACGUCAGCGACGACACCGAUCUGUUCACCAUUACCGGCACGGGCUGGCACUUCGUCAAGUUCUUGGGUCCGGCUCUUGCAAUUGUAGCACCAGAUACACGCAGCGAGCGAAACCCCAACCAGGUCAUGGCGGGACCAACUUACCAGGGCCUGUUCCCGAAGAUUGCAAUGCUGCCGAACAGCGUGCAGCAUUGUAUAAUGAUGAUCCCAGUACCGGUCGUGUAUCCCAGACUGGAGGCAGCGGAGCAGUUUGCCAACUCAGUUGCAACGGGGAAAAAGGCUGUUACUGGAGCGUAUAACAUGCUUGGAAAGGUGACUGCCGGCGUCGCGGGCGUUGUCGGCGCGAAAGGUGCAGUGGGCUCCGGCUUCGAUACUGUGAAGCGUGCUGUAGGCAAGUCCGGGCUGAUGGGCGGCAUUCUGUCUCCUUUUGGCGAUAUCGAUGUGCUCGACGAGCUGAAAGACCAAUGGACCCACGACUCAAAGGCAGGUGACCUCGAACGCACCUACCUCAUCCGCACUCUCCAAGGAAUCUCAAAAUCCCGCUCAAUCCGUUUCACCUUUAUGUCCGGCGCCGUCAACACCUGCGGCGCCGGCCUCGUCCACGAUCCCUCGCACCCGUCCGACCACAAAACAAUGUAUCAACUCAUCUCCUCCAGCGUCGUCAACACGCCGCCGCCAUCCUACGUCCUCAAACUUCUUAACAACAAUAAGCCACUGUAUAUACCCGCGAAUGGCACGCGAUCGACGCCGAGUGUUCCGACAGACACGAAAGAGGACAUGAUGGAGCUGUUCGCGCACGAUGUCACUGGCCAGCCGAGUGCGAAUCGGAAAUUGAUGCCUCGGAGGAACUAUGUCGCGGUGGUGGCGUACGAUCCGGAGCAGGUGAAUGGCACGUUUGGGAGGACCGAUAUGCGUGGUGGAGGCAGGUUGAGUCUUGCAGCGGACUUCCUGGUGCAGGGAGAAGGGGCUUACGGGAGCGUGGUCAAGUUCGGCCCAGUGGUCGUGCCGAGUCUGCAAUAUGGGAGCUGA